AUGUCGAACGGUGAAGAAGCUGCUCCAAAUACUCGCCACGCAUGCGCAGCAUGCAAGCAUCAAAGGAGAAAGUGCGAAAGCAACUGUGUAUUUGCUCCCUUCUUCCCUGCAAGCAGAGCAGAAUCUUUCCGUGAAGUUCACAAGAUUUUUGGUGUGAAAAACAUGACAGGGAUAUUGACGCCUCGUACUCCUGACGAGAGGAAAAAAGCUGUGGAGUCCCUUGAAUGGGAAGCCUUGGCAUGGACGCAAGAUCCAGUCCGAGGGCCUCUAGGGCUCUUCAGGCGGCUCGAGGAAGAGCUUCAACACUUGAAUGACCUACUCGAUCAAUUGGUUGAGCCUUACCAGCAGAACCAGAUUAACUCUGCAGGCUUGAAUGGGUUCAACCACAAUUCUGUAACUGGUCGUGUAAUUGUACCUAAUUCCAACAUCAAUGCUACAAAUAUUGGUUAUGGUAGUAACCCAUAUUUAGGAAUAGAUGUGCCACCCAUCGAUAACUACGAUGGAGUGCCGCCAAUUUCAUCUGAUGGCUUGAACGAAAAUCAAUUAGUGGUAAAUAAUUAUUUUCCAGGUUACUAUGGAAUCCCGGACAGGUUAGCGGUAUUCCCAGAAAGUGGCGGUGUGGAUAAUGUUGCUCAAACAUCUACUCCAAGUCCAACAUUGCCGGCGAAACAAGAGACGAUGGCUCAGAGACCCCAAAUUUGGGGUCCUUCAAGGAGACCGCUCACUAAUAAUCAUUUUCCUCUACGGAAUCACCGAAGAGGAAGCCAACAAAGAUAUCAAUAUGGAGUUCUCCAAAGACCUGCUUCUCAAUCUCAAGGGAGAGGUUUGCAUUAA